CGUAAAUUAGCUGAAACCUUCUUACCCUGUGGCCCCACAAAUUAGGCAGUCUCCCAUUGUUGCUUACACACUUGAAGGCUGUCUUCGCCGUUUCUCGUUGCCCAUUAAACAAAAAUAACCCCUUGUUCGGGAGCAUCUCCAGCAUGUCAUGAACCACAUGCCCUCACCCAUCUCUUAUGAUGACCUGCUUUUCCCUGCGUUGCUUGAAACGGGCUUGUCUGGUUUGAACCGCCUCGGGGAGUUGGUUUGGCCUGAUAAGGUCGAUGACCAGGAAUCGUCCAAGCUCCCCUGGCGACAUGUCGUCGUCAUCCUUCCGAAUUGUUAUCAGUUUCUACUUCCCCAUGACGAGCAAGGCGCCUGUUUUGAUGGAAACAAAGUCGACGUCCAGCUCCAGGCCUUCAUUUUUCACGGGCACCCCAAACAUGACCCGCCCUUUGCCUCUAUCUAGCGUCGUACGCCCGCCUCCCAAUUUCCUUUUGUCCUUCUUUCUUUCGAAAAGUCUUUUAAAAAAAUGUUAUAUACUUUUUAAGCAAUUUCCUCCCUUUGGGUACACGUUUUACAGCGCUCAUCUCACGUAUUCAUGUAUCUUUGCAUCUCUGUAGGCUUGCUCAUGCCUGUGUUUCGUGCUCCAAAAUUAUCUGGGCUGCGAAUACUGCAGCCCGUUUUGGCUACCCUGGCUUCCAUCGUGUCUUGUCGAGCGC